AUGUCUACCUUUUGGAACCCAGUCAGCGUUUGUGAGAUUGGUGAGGGUCUGGCCCACCAGGCUACCUGCUGCGGCAUCACAGAGCGAGGUGCUCGCUGUAAGAAUAAGGUCUCUGCGAAGGUGCUCAAGCAGGGAAAGGAGAAGCUGAGAAGCCUCGCUCGAGCACCUUUUAAUGCGCAUACCCUGCAGCCGACAUUGCACAACAUUGCAACUCAUUUCCUGUGCUCCAGAUGGCAUCGAGAUCGGCAAGCUGACCAGGUUAGUCGGCGCUGGUAUGAUGCCGCUGUUCGCAAUCAGCUCGGCAGCAACAUUGUGCUGGAACACGCGGCCACGCUAAGCCAUGAAGAAAGUGACCUGGGCCAACCUGCAACCCAUCAGUUGGACCAUGGUGUCUCAUAUGAUACCAGUGAGACUGAGAGCGAGCUCCCGCAAGCAAUCCAGCCUUAUGUAUCCCCCGCGAUGCUACGUGCAAACAAUGUGCCGUGGGCUGUCUCGCCGUCACAACCCGCCAUUGCGUCCGUCGCGAAUAUUUUGGCAGGAAUUCAAGACCUGGAAUUACACUGCCUCGCUGUGAGCCAUGAUGUGAACGACAUCCAUUGUACCUUUUGCCUGGCGGAAGAUGGAGACACGACCGAUGAAAAUGUGAUUCUCCGAUGUCAGCAAUGCCACGCGCUAUCACACCUGUCCUGCAUGGAGCUCUGGCUGAGCCAGCGUGACACAGGCUUUGACACCUCUUGCUGUGUUUGGUAA